AUGAAAAAAUGGUCAAUCUUUAUUGAAAUAAAGUAUUCUUUUAUAUUUGCAGGAUAUAAAGAAAAGUAUUAUUAUUGGGAAUUUGCUAAAUUAAUUUAUAAAUCUAUUCUAAUUUUGGUAGCGACUUUACUUCAACAGAAUUCUUUCUUAAAAGUAAGUUAUUAAUUGCUUUAAAAAAUAAAUACAAAUCAAUUUAAAUUAGAUUUAAUACCUCUUUUUAUUUACAAAACGAAUAAAUAUACUCAUCAAACUUUAAAAUAAAAAUAGUUGAGCAUGCUAAAUGCUGUUAUCUUAUUCUAGAUUUAUAUAAUAUUUAAGACUAAGCCUUUUGCAAUUUAGAAUUUCAACAAUUUAUUAUCAAAAUCAGCAAUUUUAUGUGCUUCAUCCCUAAAUUUAACUUAGAUUAUUGCGAAUGUUCCAAAUAUGCAUUUUGUAUUAGAAGCUAUUUUAAUUGCAUUAUUAAUUUUUUCUAAUCUUUAAUUUAUAACUUAAUUGGUGAUUGGAAUAUGUCUAGUUACUAUAUAAAAUAACAAAUAAAAAAGAAGUAGAAUCUAAAAUUGUUUCCUAUAUUUUGUAUCAAAAUAUCCUUCAUUAUUUGAAAACAUUCAGAUUUAAUAAAGCUAAAUUAAAGUAAGCUCUCUUUUGAAAAUAAAAUUAGUCAAAAAUAAAGUUAAACAUUUAGUUGAAUACUUUAAACAAUAUAGCUUCUUCAAUUAAGAAUCUUUAUAAUAGCAUUUUCAUCUCUAAAGAACUUAAAUCCUUUCUUCUCCUAAAUUAGAGCAACAGUAGUAAGCCAGUAAAUUUACUUUGUUUUCUAAUAAUGAAAUUAUAAUUGGGUAGCAUAAAAAAGUAAAUUCUUUCAAGAGUAUGAGAGAAAAAUGGUCAUACUAUACAAGAAAAACGAAAGAAAGUCCAAUAAGUAUAAAUUAAUUAGAUAGUUAAGAUAAAAUCUAGAAUACACACAAAGAAAUAACUCUUAGUGAAACUGGAAAUAUGUAAAAUUAUACUUAUAAUGAUGAAUUUGGAGUAUAAAUAACAAGUGAUCAUAAGUUAAAUAAAAAUUUUAAUUAAUAUUUGACUAAAAAAUAAUGA